CUUCUUUUCUUCCCAAAUCUCCCCCUUUUUUUUUUUUUUUUUUGUGUGUGUGUCAUUGUUGAGUUUAACGAAGGAGGGUCUUAAAAAACUCCGCCCCAAAAAAUGUUUGCUCGACUCGCGUCCCAGCGGCUACUCGAGAUCCGUCUAGCUUUCCGUCAAUCUGCUCAGGCGUAUCGAUCCUUCUCCACUGCCUUGAACUAUCACAUUGAUAGCUCAGAUAACAAUCCCGACCUUCCAUGGGAAUUUUCCCAGGCAAACAAAGAAAAGGUCAAGCAGAUAUUGUCUCAUUAUCCAUCCAACUACAAACAAUCUGCGGUUAUUCCUUUGCUAGAUCUUGCACAGCAGCAGCAAGGAGGGUGGCUUCCUGUUUCAGCCAUGAAUGCAGUGGCGAAGGUUAUAGAAGUUGCUCCUAUUCGUGUAUAUGAGGUUGCAACAUUUUAUUCAAUGUUCAACCGGUCAAAGGUUGGCAAGUAUCAUCUAUUGGUUUGUGGCACAACACCUUGUAUGAUACGUGGUUCACGGGAAAUUGAAGAAGCCUUAUUGAAACACUUGGGGGUUAAGCGCAAUGAGGUAACAAAGGAUGGUUUAUUCUCAGUUGGAGAAAUGGAAUGUAUGGGAUGUUGUGUGAAUGCUCCUAUGAUCACUGUUGCUGAUUACUUAAAUGGAUCUGAAGGAUAUACGUAUGAUUACUAUGAAGAUGUUUCUCCACAACGAGUUGUUGAGAUAGUUGAGAUGUUAAGAAGGGGAGAGAAGCCACCACCUGGCACUCAAAAUCCUAAACGUAUCAAGAGUGGACCUGAAGGUGGAAAUACCACUUUGCUAAGUGAUCCAAAACCUCCCCCAUGUCGAGAUCUUGAUGCCUGCUGAAGCUAACAUGCCAAUGCUGUCUCUAAUAAUGCAAAGCUUGGAUGUUGCCACUUUGGCAGGCAUCUCUGGGUUAUAUAUUCUUGUUGAAGUUUUUAAGCUCAAGCAACCCUUUUUUCUUUUUAUUCUCUGCCUAUGACAUUUGUUGAAUUUUCCAUCCAAUUUCAACUUUGGUACAAGUUACGAGAUGACUCAGGUUGCUUUAUCGCCUGAUGAUUGAUGUCAAUGUUUCGGACAAAACCUUUAAUGGAAUCAAGCCAUAAUUGUGGCAUUGGAAUUCCUUAAUGUUUCUUGA